AGAGUCCCCCGCGCAGGGCAGGGCAGGGCAAAGGAGGCCGCUGGCGAGAGCGCCGGAGCGCGGACUACAUCUCCCGCCAUCCCCCGCGCGGGGAGGUUUUCGGGGGGCUCCAUGGAGGCCCCGGCGACGGCCACCUUCACUCUGGCCUACCUGGUGCUGACCUUCUGCUUCGUCUUCCCGCCCACCGAGUUCCACCUGGCCGGCCUGACGGUGCAGAACCUGCUGGGCGGCUGGCUGGGCAGCGAGGACGCGGCCUUCGUGCAGUACCACCUGCGGAGGGGCACCGGCACCCUCCUCUUCCACGCCGCCCUGCCGCUGGGCUACUACCUGGGCAUGUGUGUCGUGGCGCCCGAAAAGCAUCUCUGCACCAUCUCCCAGGCCCACCUGCUGUGGCAAACCUUCUUCUCCGGGGCCCUUCUCCUCUUCAUCCUCGCGGGCACCUUCACAUACCACUGGUCUCGGGAGGGUUGGUCCCGCCACCCGCUGGUCCAGGUCCUCUCCACCUUCGUUCGGCCGCCCCACGCUGGCUGGUGGACCGUGGCCUCUGCCAUCAACGCCGAAUUCCGGCGGAUCGACAAGUUUGCCACGGGGCCGCCAGGGGCCCGUCUGAUUGUGACCGACAGCUGGAUUAUCAAAGUGACCACCUACUCCUUCCAUGUGGCCGAACAGCGGGACAUCCAGGUGACCGUCGUGGACUCGAGACAGCAGGAGCUCUUGCCGGACGCCAGCAUGCCUGCUCAGUUCCUCACCAUCCACGUGGCCAGCGCCAAUCCACAUGUCAAAGCCUUCGACAUCCGGCUCAACUCGACGGAAUAUGGGGAGCUGCAGGAGAAGCUCCGCACCCCGAUCUGGAAUGUGGCCAACGUGAUCAUCCAUCAGAGCCUGAGCGACCUCUUUCUGGAGACCUUCAGCUCCAUGGUGGAGAGGAACCCGGCUUACCUGGUUCCCAGCAAUCAGGAGUUGGACCUCUGCAUCGGCUGCAUGCAGUCCCGGGCCAACGUCAAACUACUGAAGAACUGCGAGGAGCUGCAAGAUGGCGAAUGCGAGCCGUGUUUCUGCUAUCCCAUGUGGUGCCUGCUUUGUAUGGGCAGGUGGUUCGCCAGCCAGCAGGACCAGCAGCACCCGGAAACAUGGCUCUCCAGCCACGUGCCUUGCCCCACUUGCCGGGCCAGAUUCUGCAUUUUGGACGUCUGCUCGGUGCUGUGACAGAGGCUGCAGCCAGUCGGAGAGACGGAAGAGAGAAAUAUGCAAUCAGCUGCAGCAAUUUUUUCACCGGAUAAAUAUUUUCAUAAUCCCCCCCCACCUCUUGGAUGCCUUUGCAAAUUCUAUUCUGUUCUACUCUUUUUGAAUGCUGGUUUUAACUCUCCAGGCUCUUAUAAAACUUGUAUUUAGACAGAUAUUUGGAAGCCAAAUUAAUUUCACGAGCUCGUCCCCUUUAAAAUGGGUGGACUUCAACUCCCAGAAUUCAGCUGAAGUCCAUCCAUCUUAAAGGGGCCGAGCUUGAGAAACGCUACUCUAGAACAGGGGUCUCCAACCUUGGUCCCUUUAAGACUUGUGGACUUCAACUCCCAGAGUCCCUCAGCCAGCAAAGCUGGCUGAGGAACUCUGGGAGUUGAAGUCCACAAGUCUUAAAGGGACCAAGGUUGGAGACCCCUGCUCUAGAAUGUCUGUUGCAACCGGUAUUCCUCGAAAAAAAAGGGAUUUUUUUUCUUCGCCUCCUAAAUUGGGGCUGGAUUUGGUGAAUUGUUCCACACUCCGCCUUAGUCCACGAUUCCCAAUUUUUUCCCCAAGCUUUCCAAUCCCAGAAACAGGAACGACGGCGACAGACUCUUUGCGACAAACUUUCUCAUUGACAACGAUCCUCCUCCGAUUCAGACCAAGUCUGCAAAUCCUCUCUUGGCGGCAUUAAAAGACCAACCUCUCUUCUGUAUAGAGAUAUAUAUAUUUAUAUAUAGGAUGAUAAUCUAAAUUAUUGCAGUGUUUCCGACGGUUUUCUUGGGAAAAGAAAUGGAUUAACGGCCCUGGGAACUCGUGGGAUUAAAAAUACACCCCUGCCUCACCCCAAGUUUAGAAUAUAGUCGGGAGAAAAUGACCUGGUGUUUGAAGUAUUGCUGCCCCAAAAUUAAUAAUUUGGGAUGUGUUUGUGUUUUUUGGGGAGGCUGAACUUCGGGUGAAAAAAAGGAGGAUGGCGUACUUGAAAUUGCCUUUUUCUGACAGUUUCCUAACUCGGGUUCACCAAGUGUAUUAUUCCAUCGGUAUCCUUCGCAAAGGGCAAAUGGGAGGGAAGUUAUUAGUACAAAAAAUAGCAGCAAUUGUUUGUCAGCGAGAUGAAUUUGAGGUGAAUUUGACUUUUUAAUUAUUUCCCCUUUGUCUUUUGGUCGAGAGUGGCAGGUCUGAAAUCUCAGGAACUUGAAAAUAGGUGGACUUCAACUCCCAGAAUCCCCCAGCCAGCCUAUUUUAAGUCUGGGAGUUGUAGUCCACCCCUCUUCAAGUGCCAAGUUUGAGAAAAAAACAUCCUAUUAUCUCAAGCGAAGAAAAUCAUGAAAUUUUUAAGGUGCCCCUUCUUAGCUGCCAGCUCCCCCAUCUCCUCCACAGACAUCCCUAUAACUUUACAUUAAUUUAUUUAAAUAAUCUGUUCAGUUCCUGUCACAUUCCCCCCCCCAAAAAAUUUAUUGAAUUCACCGACGGUCUGGAAGCCACGCUGACAAAAAGAUGAUGUUGGUUUCACAAAUGCAGCCAGUUACGUGAAAAUGUGGCACAAACUGCACCUUAUCUUAAAUACCUAGGUUUCCCCAAGUUGUGUAGACUUCAAUUCCCAGAAUUCCCUAGGCUGUAGAACCGCCGCUGAGAAUUCUGGCUAAAUCUAGAAGUCAUAAAUCAUUCCUCCCCCCCCCCCAACUACUCUUCUGGUUUACCCAGUUUGAAAAGAGACAUUUUUAAUUGAAAAAGUCAAAUAGUAACAUGAGCUUAUUAAAAUUAUUAAAAAUAAUUCCAGUUGAGAAAUUUUUGGAAAGUAUUAUCCAGUAUUAUAUUUACGAGUGAAAGGGCCCGAAUGAAUCCUGUUUAUUCUGCUGAAUAAAAUUUUUGUUACUUUGUGAGUUC